UUGGAAUAUGUACACGCGGAGCUAGCAAAAGUAAGCGACGUUGCGAUCGAAAUAAGAAAUUGUAAUUUUUGGCGAGAAAUUACGGAUGGCAUCGAUACAUCGGUUUUGAAAGGAUCACCGUCGACCGUGGAGGAUGGAAGUUUUUGUCCAACGCGCCUCUACGUUUCAAGACUCUCCUCGUGGCGCCUUGUGAUCACAGUUUUAUUAGUGGAUCCUCGGCAUAUUGUGCUGGCCACGUCCAGUAUUGUACCGACGGUGCCAGUGCUGGUUUUUCAUUGUGAUGAGCCAUGGAUUGCGCAUCAUUUGGCCCGGGUUGAGCCGUGGAACUGCGAAACAUACGUAUCGGAUCAUCGCACCAAAAGUCCAACAUCCACGUUGGCACAUCUCAGCCGACAGAUACGCACCACGGAGAGCUCAACAAAAGUUGAAACGGACCAGCUGGAGUUGCAAUGGCUGUCCACUGCUCGUAUCAGUGCAACGGAGGAUCGUGUUCACACCUCGUUUGAUUUGCAUUCUUAUUGCGAGGCGCUCGAGGAUCAAGUCUUCUCACGUGCGCUCAUUGCAGCCGUUUACCGAUCAUUGUUUGAAGAAAUUUACAUACCGUACGAAGAUUUGGUGGAAGUGCUGGAAGACCGUUGUGAGCAGUCGACAAUUGAAGUUAUGGGCAUCGUUGAGUGCAUCCGUUUUCUGUGCUCCCACAUUGCUAAUACUUGCAAGGAGUCAUCGCUUGAUUCCACAACUGAUUCUGCCGACGAUGAAGCAAGAAAUAGUGAUUUUUUCAAGGAU